GCUACAUUUAGCAUAAUCGAUCUUGUAUUUUACGUGGUAUCUGGCCACAGUUGACCGUCGUGAUCAGCAGUUGACCAGAGUUACUCAAGAUGAGCGGGUUGCCAGAGGGUGUAGCAAAUGGCCCAAGUAGGAGUGAAUACCUCAGGAAAGAUGCUCAGACUUGGGAGAGACCCUGGACUCUUGAAGAGAUCCGGCAGAGCAGUGCCAACUGGUCCCUCGCAGCUGACUCAGGACUCUUCCUGUUUCUCCAAGACUUCUCCCAGAGAAUGCUGUCAAAGACCCAUGAUAUUGAAAAGCAGUUGGACAGUCUGAUGCGUGACACCAAGGCCACAGAUAGCUGCUUGCACUCUGUCUUUAACGACUUUCUCAUGCUUUCCAAUACUCAGUUUAUAGAAAAUAGGGUGUAUGAUGAAGAGGUAGAAGAGACUAUUCCCAAGACCGAUGCUUUGGAGAAGCAGCCUGAGCAGGAGAAGACUCGAGAGCAGAGAGAGGCAGAGUUGAUCCCUAAGAUGCAGGAAGCAGUAAACCAUGGUCUGAGAGUGCUGGAGUCGGCAUUUGAGCAUCUAGACAUCAAAGCGGGAAACUCUGAUUCAGAGGAUGACGAGGUUACAGACAGAGUGGAGGCCAUCCUGGAGCCCAAGGACCUUUAUGUGGACAGACCACUUCCAUAUCUGAUUGGUUCCCAGGCCUUCAUGGAACAAGAGGACGUUGGACUUGGUGAUCUCUCCAGUGAUGAAAUGUCCGUUGACAGUGACAGAGACAGUGUAAUUGAGAGUGAAGAUGGCAAAGAUGCAGUUAAUUCAGAUGGUGACUUUAAUCAGGAGGAUGAUGAAGUUCACACUAAUAAUAUUAGGAAGAAGUCAUCCAUGUUGAGUUAUGAGGAGGAUGAUGAUGACGAUAAUGAUGAAGAGGAGGAUGAGGAUUCUGACAUAUUUGGAGAAUCAGAUGGGGAUGAAGACAAAGACGACAGCACAAAGAACACCGGCCCAUCGUCGUUUGCUGAUGAGCUGGCAGCCCGAAUCAAAGGGGAACCAGUUAAAAAAACAGAAGGAGAUCGCGCAUCAUUGUCAUCUAAGAAGAAAAGUAAAAGCAAGAAGGAACCAAAGCCUGCAAAGCCACAGGCAGCUGAAGAGGACAGUGAUGACAUGUUCAAGCCACCGAAAAUGGAUGAUGAUGACUUCUCCCCAUUUGGAGGGAAAAGUGGCCUCUUUAGUGGAGGGAGAGGCCUGUUUGACGAUGAUGAGGAGGGUGAUCUUUUCUCUGAGGCUACGAAUCCUCCUGUGUCCGAGGAAAAAAAGGUGCUGAAUGAAAGCACGAAAAGCACAUCUCAAACUGCAGAAUCUGACAAAUCUGGAAAGAAGAUUCUAGCAGGUGCCAUUUCAGUAUUCCCAGAUAACAGCCUGUUCAGUUCAGGGAUUAAAUCGGAUUCAGUCGAGAGCAAGGAGAAUGGGACUCCAGCUCCUCAGGCCAGCGCUGCCUCCAAACAGGCUCCUACGGGAGCUGCUUUUGGUGAAGGAGGCGGUGGGCUGUUUGAUGAGGAUGAGGAUGAUGACUUCUUCAGUGGUACAAGCCUGAUAAAGUCUGACUCUGCGGGAGACAAGAAGCCCAAGAAAGCUAUCGACCUCUUCGAUGAAGAAGAUGACGAUGAUGGUGACAUAUUCAGUGAGAAGUACAGUGCUCCAGCACAGAGCCAGAAGGAGGUAGUGGAAGAGAAGAUUAAGCAACCUGAGAAAAAGAUGCCAGCAGGGGCCAUCUCCAUAUUUGGACCCGGGACUCAAAGCCUGAAGAAAAGUCCGCUGUCUCCCAGCAAAGAGUCUGAGAAAUCUGGGAAGAAUGAGCCAGCUCCCGAUGCUGCUGUCAAGCUGACUCAGAAACCCCAGAUGAGAGGCCUCUUCUCAGAUGACGAAGACACACCGGGAUCUCCAGCUAUCCCUAGGAGCCAGUCUAAGCCUGAGCUUACAAGCCGGGAAAAAGCCAACUUGCCCCUUUUGUCAUUAUUUGAUGAUGAGGAAGAGGAUCUGUUUGCAUCUGCAGCCAAGUCUAAAGCUAAACCUAAUCACGCUACAGCCUCCACACCACAACUCAGUACAGCCGUGUCCAGCUCCCUCUUCAGUGAUGAUGAGGACCAGUGGGUGAGUUCUGUCGGUAGUGCGGGGAAGCCAGAGGUAAAGACAGGCGGGAUGAAGCCCAGUGCCAGUGCCCCCUCCAGUCUCACCAGUGGCCCCUCCAGUUUCACCAGUGCCAAAAUGUCUCACAAAAGCAGCCUCUUUGAUAAUUAUGAUGAAGAUGACCUGUUUGCUCCAACGACACAGUCAAGUCAGAAAUCUCAAAGAGUCGCUCUCAUGUUUGAAGAUGAGGGUGAUGAUGAAGAUAAAGGAUCCGUUUCUGGCAUCAAACCUGCUUUCAACACAAGCAUUGCAGCCCCAGCUGCUAAGACACCGGCUGUGGCCUCUCAGUCGUCCUCCCCGUUGGAGGAAUCAGAGGAGGUCAUCGUUUCUCGGACAACAGCACAGGACCAGCCAUCGGAGAAGGAGGAGCCUGCAGCGGGGACCCCUGAGCCGCCAUCAGCGCCCUCAUCAGGGAUCAGCCAAAGUAAAAAGAAGCCUGCUGGAGCAGUCGUUCUUUUUGGAGGCAUCGACAUUCUUGCCAACAAGCGGACAAAGAGCCCGUUGGAUGAAGUUGACAAUGAUGACAGCUUCCUCUCUAAGGACAGCCCACCACCCAAUGUCAAGAGGGAAGAGAAAGUCAAAAUAAACACCGUCAGUCUGUUCGAUGAUGAAGAGGAAGAUGAAUCUGAUUGGAAUGAGCCGAUAUUCACACCCAGUAAAUCCCCAGCACGCGACACACUAAAGCCUACGGAGGAGCGUCCAGCAGCAACGAGCACGGGUGUGUUCCAGGAUGAAGAGCUGCUGUUCAGCCAGACGCAGCAGAAGGACAACGACCCGGAUGUUGAUCUGUUUGCCACUUCAGACAAAGCUGCGAGCUCCAAGCUCAGCGAGGCGAAGCCAGCAACACAAAGUCUGUUUGCAGAAGAAGAUGAGGAUGAACUCUUCAGCUCCAUCGAGCCAAAAGCUCCUCGUCCGAAAGUAGCCGACAAGCCCAGCAAACCUUUGGACCGAGCACCACUAGCAAGUCCAGAAUCUGUGUCUGAGAUUCAGAAACCUGAACCAAGCCCUGUAAAACCUAAAGGUUCUUCAUCAAGGAUUGGGAAACUUCACGCCAAUCUGAUGAUAGACCCCACUGCGUUGCUCCCUGGUGCUACCCCCAUUAUGUCAGGGGCUGUAAGUGCGCUCCCUGGCAUGGCUCCGAGUUCCUUCUCUGGGAUGUCCAACUCCAGCCUGGGCCCAAGCCCUGCCACAACUCCUACAGGAGCCCAGGGAGGAGUGAACUUCGACAGCCCAGCUCAGGUUACAACACUGCAAAGUGCACACAAGGGUCGUGCCAAAGGUUUUGUACAGAGGAGACCCCAGUCCAGAGCAGCGAGGCAGCAAGCGGCCCACAGAUCUUUAAAGGAUAAAGAAGAGACUGAGGGUGGAGAUGCUCCUGGGCCCAAUCCGAAUCUGUCCGGUUCAGCCUUGCCUCCACCAGAAAAGUCCAGCCAGAAGCAUGCCAGUCCGAUAUUGGCUAACUCGGCUGGACCAGCUGACCUGCCCGCCUCCUCAGCUUCUCAAUCAUCUCUCUCUGAAACCUCCCCUAGACCGCCUGUACUGAACACUGGAAAGAAAGACGCCAGUAAAGACGGCAGCAGUACCAAGGCGCUGCCAUCCUCUGAUAACGAUGACCUUUGUGGCUCUGACGGUCUGUUUGGGGCCACCUCAGUUACUAACACACCCUCCGCCAGACAAACUACCAAGCCUACACAACCUCAGGCCAGGAGUGGGGCGGCAGUGAAGAAAGAUGCAGACAAAAGCACUCUCCCAUCCAUUUUGAAUGCCAACCAGAGUGACCUUUUCCAAAAGGUCAAACCAAGGUCAACAACAAAGAAAGCCAAGGCCACACACUAUUUGGAGGAAGAUGACGACGAUGCGGAUAUCUUUGGAGUGAGCAACAGCUCUACUCAGGCCUCCACAAAUAGUAAAGAAAUCAAGAACAGCAGCAGUUUUUCAAAGCAGGACAUCUUCCAGGGGGAAGUUUCCACCGUGCCUAAAGUUCACAAGAAGAACAAAGAGAAGACCCUCGAUGCCAGCUUGUUUGAUGACAACAUAGACAUUUUUGCUGACCUGACGGACACUUUAAAACCAAAACAGAAGUCCAAGACAAAGGGAGAGACCAAGUCAAUAUUUGCUGAUGACAUGGAUGACAUCUUUUCACCAAGCACAGUAAAACCAGUUACGAAGGCACCCCAAAAAUCUAAGAAAACACCACGCUCUCAGGAGACCAGUACAGAGGCGGAUUCAAGCAACAUAUUUGAUGAUCCACUAAAUGCUCUUGGUGGGAACUGAACUGUUGUUUCUGAGUAGCAAGAUUUGUACAAUUGUGGUUUCAUUGUUUUGCCUUUUGGAUUGGAGAUCGGAUACACUGUUGAUAGAGUAUUUAUUCAUUUGGAAUUAUAUAAAUCAUGGGGCUUAUUUUUGCCAGAUAAAGAUUUUGAAAAGAAAAUUAUUCCAAGCCUCUUCUGACAGGACUUCGAAAAUAAUCUCAAUAUCAGAUCAUAGUAUGUAACAGUUAUUACGUACUGUUUAUCUUUAUUAUACAUAUUCGCACUUUAUAAGCAUACAAUUUGCUUAGCCUCAAAGCCUGCAGAAAUUAAGAGUACCUUGUUGUUUCCUUUGAAGAUCCUUUUGCUUUUCAAUGUUUAGAUUCCAUGUCUUUGGAUUUGUGUUCUUUCAUGACUUUGAGAAAUCAAUGUUUACUUACUGUCUUAGGCAUUUUGACAAUGUUUGUAUAAAUAAGAAAUGUGCCAACUUCUUAACUUUGGCUGUGAUAACAGAAAUUCAUUUUUCAUAACUAAAAAGAGACAUAUUUUAUGCUA